AUGAGCGGGCUACAGAUCCCCAUCGACGUGCUCACGUCACGCCUGAACCUGUCCGAUAAGUUUGCCAGUGUACGAUCGCAGUCCAUCACUGGAAGAUUUGCCAACCUCAAACCCAUCUCCGAGUUCCUCGACCUGAAGAGGCUCUCAAAGCCCUCCAACUUCAGCGAAGUCCAAUCAAGAGUCAACUACAACCUCGGCCAUUACUCCAGCAACUAUGCCGUCGUCUUCGUUAUGUUGAGUAUCUACAGCUUACUCACAAACUGGCUGCUCCUGUUCGUCAUCAUCCUUGUCGUUGGUGGCAUGUGGGGAAUCGGUAAGCUGGAAGGCAACGAUCUGGACGUGGGAUUCGUUCGCGCGACUUCGUCGCAACUCUACACUGCGCUCCUCGUCGUGGCAGUACCUCUCGGCAUCUUUGCCUCACCAAUUUCAACAAUUUUAUGGCUCAUCGGCGCAAGCGGAGUCAGCAUUCUAGGACAUGCCUCAUUCAUGGACAAACCAAUCGAUGAGGCUUUUUCUGGGGAGGCGGGGAGCAAGCAGAGAAAGCAGUGGGAGCGGGAGCAGGCGAUGUGGCAGAACGAGGUCCGCGUGGAGGAGCUCGAUAGUGACGAUACAGAUACACAAGGCGUUGGGUUAAAUUUUGAGAAAAAACGAUUUGCUAGCGAUCCACUUCAUUUCACGGGGAUAGAUUUGUCCUCGUCUUCUAGGGCGCGAAAGAGUUAUACUUAUGACACUGAGGAGUCUUCUUCUGAUUCGGGAAUAUCCGAGGUGGAGGGAACAGAUGCAUUGCAGAUUGCUUUGCGCGAUAAGGAGGAGGCGCUUGUACAGUCUGCGCUUGCUCGGAUUCGGCGCGCACAGGCAAAGGGGAAAAGGGAGGUGAAACUUAAUCAAGAUGAACUGGAUGCAUUGGAGAAAAGACGAAAGAGGAUGCAGGCAGCAGCAACGACUAGAAAUAGGAAAGGCAGUGGUUCAAGUGGUGGAAGUGGGAGUGAAAAGAGACGGCGAAGUGAUCGUGACCGAAACCUCAUCACGGUGCCUAUUGCACAACCAAGCAGCCGGAAGGGAAAAUCCAAAAGAUUGGAAGAGAUUCAACCACAUCCUCCCGCAGCCGCAAAUCCUCCUGGAAUGUUGGUUGCUGGACCUGACGGACUUACUUAUGCUCCAAUUGGCCAAUAUCCUCCACAAGGUACUCGCAACUCACCUACUCGACAACGACCAGCGUCCUCUGGCCAUUCACGCGGCGAUCCACCUCCACAAUUAGGCUACCCAACAGGGCCCUCUAAUAGACAUUACUCUGACGGCAUGCGUCCCACCUCAUCUUCCAGCAGCAGCUCUCGCCGUCCCUUACCAGACGAACAAAGCUGGCUACCAGCUCACUCACGCCGCAGCUCAGUCUCUUCACAAUCCUCCGUGUACCAAACCUCUUCCGUACAGCUACCGCCCAUUCCCCAACAAUACAGCCGGCACAAUGUUUCUGGCCCCGAAAUUGCCUACUCAUCUCUUCGACGCAGUCCGCCCGAAUUCAAAUACCCUGCUGCAGCCAGUGCCUCAGAUCCCACACUGCGCAGAAAGAGCUCGCAUCGUGACGAACUUGCGAAUAGCGAGAGCAGCAGCGAUGCGGAAGACGACGAGAGCGAUGAUCUGGGGAAUGGGGUGCAGGUGUAUGUGGAGGAGAAGGAGAAGGAGAAAGCUGUCGUUGCAAGGAAACCUGUUGGUUGGAGUAGCAGGAGGAAGGGGAAGAGAUAG